AGGAGCGCUUCAGAACUCAAGUUUAACACAUUUGUAUUAUUUAGUUCAUUAUUAUUUCAGAAUGGCGGACGAGGCUGUUUCCGAACAGAUGAAGGAACUGCAAGUGGACGAAGGGAAGAAGGGUAAUGCUGGUAAAGAUGGAACAAAGAAGAAAAACAAAGGAACUGGAGACAGUGGCGGCAAGAAUGAGAUGAACCCAGCACCUCAGUACAUAGAAGAUCGCCUGGUCGCGUACAACAAGUUGAAAGCUGAACAUGACGCGCUGAUGGCCGAGAGGGCCGAGAAGGACAGCAAGCCCAUCAAGAUCACCCUGCCCGAUGGGAAAGUUGUGGACGCCGAGUCCUGGAAGACCACACCUUACCAGAUCGCCUGUGGCAUCAGCCAAGGUCUUGCUGAUAACACGGUAAUUUCCAAAGUGAACAAUGUUGUGUGGGACUUGGACAGACCAUUGGAAGGAGAUUGCAGCCUGCAGCUUCUCAAGUUUGACGACGAGGAAGCGCAAGCAGUGUACUGGCACUCCAGCGCUCACAUUAUGGGUGAAGCCAUGGAGAGAGUGUAUGGAGGCUGCCUGUGUUAUGGACCUCCCAUUGAAAACGGCUUCUAUUACGACAUGUAUCUGGACAACGAGGGCGUAUCGAGCAAUGACUUCCCCUGUCUUGAGAACCUGUGUAAGAAGAUCAUCAAGGAAAAGCAGCCCUUUGAGAGGCUGGAGAUAAAGAAGGAGACUCUUCUUGAAAUGUUCAAGUACAACAAGUUUAAGUGUAGGAUCCUGAAUGAGAAAGUUACCACCCCAACCACUACAGUUUACAGGUGUGGCCCCUUGAUUGACUUGUGCAGAGGCCCUCACGUAAGACACACUGGCAAGAUCAAGGCCUUGAAAAUCCAUAAGAAUUCGUCCACGUACUGGGAGGGCAAGGCUGACAUGGAGACACUGCAGCGCAUCUAUGGCAUUUCCUUCCCUGACCCCAAAAUGCUGAAGGAGUGGGAGAAAUUCCAGGAGGAGGCCAAGAACCGAGACCACCGCAAACUGGGACGGGAGCAAGACUUGUUUUUCUUCCAUGAUCUCAGUCCUGGGAGCUGCUUCUUCCUCCCGAAGGGGGCCUACAUUUACAACAUGCUGGUGGAGUUCAUAAGGUCCGAGUACAGGAAUAGGGGCUUCCAGGAGGUGGUCUCUCCAAACAUCUACAACAGCAAGUUAUGGCAGACGUCUGGCCACUGGCAGCACUAUAGCGAAAACAUGUUCUCGUUUGAGGUGGAGAAGGAGAUCUUUGCUCUCAAACCCAUGAACUGCCCUGGACACUGUCUGAUGUUUGAUCAUCGCCCUCGUUCCUGGAGGGAGCUGCCACUUCGUAUGGCUGAUUUUGGUGUGCUGCACCGCAACGAACUCUCCGGAGCACUGACCGGCCUGACCCGUGUCCGCCGCUUCCAACAGGACGACGCACACAUCUUUUGCGCCAUGGACCAGAUUGAGUCUGAGAUUAAGGGCUGUCUGGAGUUCCUGCGGGCGGUGUACGACGUGUUGGGCUUCACCUUCAAACUGAACCUUUCCACCAGACCCGAGAAGUUCCUGGGGGAUCCAGAAGUGUGGGAUCAGGCUGAGAAGCAACUGGAGAACAGCUUGAAUGAGUUUGGAGAGAAGUGGGUAUUAAACCCUGGAGAUGGUGCAUUCUAUGGACCAAAGAUCGACAUCGAGAUCAAGGACGCUAUAGGCAGAUACCACCAGUGUGCCACCAUUCAACUGGACUUCCAGCUCCCCAUCCGUUUUAAUCUGACCUUUGUGAGCCAUGAUGGAGAUGAUAAGAAGAGGCCAGUGAUUAUUCACAGAGCCAUUCUGGGUUCUGUGGAAAGGAUGAUUGCCAUCCUAACAGAGAAUUAUGGAGGGAAGUGGCCUCUGUGGCUUUCACCACGCCAGGUGAUGGUCGUGCCUGUUGGACCCACUUGUGAGGAGUAUGCCCAAAGAGUGCAACGCGAGUUCCAUAGUGCAGGAUUGAUGACUGACGUAGAUCUGGACCAAGGCUGCACUCUGAACAAGAAGAUCAGAAAUGCGCAGUUGGCUCAGUACAACUUCAUACUGGUGGUGGGAGAGAAGGAAAAGACCAGCGAUACGGUCAACGUGCGAACCAGAGACAACAAGGUCCACGGCGAGAGAAGCCUGACCGACUGCAUGGAGCGCCUGAAACAGCUCAAGGCCUCAAGAACCCGCAACGCCGAAGAGGAAUUCUGAGCCACUGCUGUUUUCUUCAGUGCCGAUAUGCCAGCGAAAUGUUUCUAAACUUCAGGGAUGGGCUUUCACAUGCUGACGUCUUUAGGCAAAACUGAUCGUGUUAACCCGAAAUGUCGAUCACGUUUAUGUUACAUUGCUCCAGGCUUCUUCAAGCAGCUGCACUCAAUGUCAGUUAGGACGGUUAGCAAUAUUCAAACAUCAUGUUUUUAUUUUCAUCUACAGGUUUAGGUUCCAACUGUUGAUGUAUGUCCAGUUUUACUGGGGAAUUUGUUUAGGGCAGUAAAUAAAUGUAUUAUUCAAAUCAAAUUCAAAUAAAAUAUGUUGAUUACUUUCA